UUUUCUGCUGCUGCUGCUUCUGCGGUAGAAGCUGCUGGGAGUAAGUCAGAGGAGGGAGGACCGAGAGGGAGGAGGCUUCGUUUGCAGCCAUGCUGAAUCACUGUUGCUGAUCAGAUCUCCUGUUGGUUGGCUGGGAGAUCGGAGAACAGAGCUAGGAUCUCCGGGUGCAUGCACAGUUCAGCGGCUGCCACCCCGGCUGGGCCUCGCACAAUGGAGGGUGAAAGCAUCAAGCCGAGCUCCCAGCCCCCGGUUCAGGCCGGAGAUGAUGAGAAGAACCAGAGGACGAUCACUGUCAACCCUGCGCAUAUGGGGAAGGCGUUCAAGGUUAUGAAUGAACUGCGGAGUAAACAGCUGUUGUGUGACGUGAUGAUUGUGGCGGAAGAUGUCGAGAUAGAAGCCCACCGUGUGGUCCUGGCAGCCUGCAGCCCCUACUUCUGUGCAAUGUUCACAGGUGACAUGUCUGAGAGUAAAGCCAAGAAGAUAGAAAUCAAGGAUGUGGAUGGCAGGACGCUGAAUAAGCUGAUUGACUACAUCUAUACGGCAGAAAUUGAGGUGACCGAAGAGAAUGUCCAGGUGCUGCUUCCAGCGGCCAGCUUGCUGCAGCUCAUGGACGUUCGGCAGAACUGCUGUGACUUCCUGCAAUCUCAGUUGCAUCCCACCAACUGCUUGGGCAUCCGAGCGUUUGCAGACGUGCACACCUGCACCGACCUUCUGCAGCAGGCCAACGCUUAUGCAGGAAAGGCUGAGCAGCUGGCCCAGUUUCUCUGUGUGGAGACCAUACCCAGUGACCUUUCCCUUUCUAGCUUUUACCACACAUACCUGCAAGAAGACAGUUUUAAAAAUCAAAGCCAAAUAGGAUUGCUGGGUUGUAUGGUCAUGAUUGUGGUUGGUGGCCAGGCCCCCAAGGCGAUCCGCAGCGUGGAAUGCUAUGAUUUCGAAGAGGACCGGUGGGACCAGAUUGCUGAGCUUCCCUCCAGGAGAUGCAGAGCAGGUGUGGUGUUCAUGGCUGGUCACGUGUAUGCUGUGGGCGGGUUUAAUGGCUCACUGCGAGUGCGAACCGUGGAUGUAUAUGACGGUGUGAAGGACCAGUGGACAUCCAUCGCCAGCAUGCAGGAGCGCCGGAGCACUCUGGGCGCAGCCGUACUCAAUGACCUGCUCUACGCUGUGGGGGGCUUUGAUGGCAGUACUG